AUGUCUAAAGGCGUGGGCUCCUUUCCGGGUGCACGGCUCCCAAGUCCAGGUUACUUACCUGAAGAACAACCCGCUCCUCAGAGACGCCACGGAUCCCCGCCACCAGCCUUAGCGGGAUUGAUGAGCAACAGCAGUACAGGGACUAGUGGCAACCGCUCCACCUCAACUUCGAGUUGGAGUAAUUUUGCUUCGACCGAUGAGAUCCCGGCACUGCAAUCUGGCAGUCCAUCAGUUGACCGCGGACCCACCCGACGAACAGUAACACUUCCAGCACCAGUACAACAUUACCAACACUCGCUGCAUCUGGGACCUGCUCCUCCGCUGACGAGAUCUACCACGGAUACCACGAGGACGUCUAGCAUUGCUGACUACUCCCAGCCACAUGAAAGACCAUCGGAGCACAACAAAUUGGGUUCGUCAACCCAUUUGAGGCGGUUGACAGAUGAGACAGCAACGGGUGCGCCAGACAAGUCAGCAAGAAGCCUAGUCACCAGUGUAGCAAAAUUUGUCGAGGCAUCGAGCCAGCGGAUCACCUCGACGUCAGUGCCCGAACCUGUCGAAACACUUCCAUUCACGCCACAGCCAGUGCAUCGAGACAACGCAAGAGGCAGGAUAUCACCACAGUCACAUGUAUUGGCUCCAGGCACACACGGCAAUGGGAAGCACAGAGCAGCAGAUGAUGAAGACGCUGACCAUGGCAAGUCCAUAAAGACGCCAGCAAACAUCAAAAAGAAAAGGACGCCCCGACCAGCACCCAGAAGUUCAAGGCCAAGUCAUCGCCCGGGUCGGAAAUAUGAAAUGCAAUGGCGCCUUGGUGCGGCACCGAUGGCUGUCAUCAAGGAGUCAAAAGAGCAGGCCAACUUUGGUCGAGUGCUCACUGCCAUUUCCAACUAUCAUCAAGGUAAUGCUGGUGGGAUUUGGAGGACGGUCAUGCAGCAGAAUGCUGCUGGGUUUGACGGAAAUGGCCUUUGUGAGGCUAUGGCAGUCAGCAUCAUGCUAGCGGCAGGGUUCAUCUCGUCUGGUCAGCCGCACACAGCAACACAAGUUCUGGACAGAACGUUGCCGCUCGCUAGAGCUUUGCUACUCAGCCAGCACCCGCAGCUCUGCUAUUAUUUCAACGAGAUCAGCAUGGAUACUUCAAACACGGUGGCUGGCAGCGUUCGAGCAUCGUGGAAGAGCUACCUGUUACCGCUUGCGAUCCACACUCUGGGCGAGCGCCACCCCAUAUCGAUCCUCCUCGGCACGCCCUUGACGACUGAACAGAAGAUGAGAAUGAGAAGGGAGGGACAGAGAGUGGCGCAUCAGGAGCACCUUCGAGCCUUCGGGACUUACUCGUAUCAAACUAUGGUGCACCUUUGGUACUGGGCUCGGCUCACUGCGGCGUCAGGCGACGUGCCCGAAUCUAUCCGGAUGCUCGAAAGCGUCGUGCAGGCUUGGGAACAAGUCUACUCGGCCAACUCGGCGGUGGCAAUUACCGCCAUUGUCGAGCAGGCCCGGGUGAUGCUCGCAUCUGGAGACGCCAGCGUCAAGGUGGAAUGUCUCCUGAGUGACGCCCUGCGGCGAAACGACGUUCUGAUCUCGGGUCAGGCACUCCAACCGCAGUUUAUGGACGCAGCCGAGGCGAGACUUCGAGAGAGCUGCCUCAUCUUCUGUCAGCUGGCGGCUUUCCGGUGUCUAGGACGCUUACACGUUAUGAGACACAAUCUCGGCAAUGCAAAAUGCUGUUUGCAACAAGCGCUGAGCAUCGCCCAGUUGAACUUGGCCGAGGAUUCUUCGGUGACCAAGCUGUGCCACACUGACCUGGUGGCGGUGGAACUGCUCCAGCUAGAAGAAGCGAUGGGGGGCAUGACGCUCACGGACCCGAUAAACAGACUCCCUCCCAUCACGAGUAUAAUCCCUUUUGCGCCUGUGGAUUGA